AUGCGGACGCUUCUACUCCUUGGAUCUUUAUUUGUAAUCGGUUAGCUUAUCGGCCACACAAAAUCGAAAGAAGAUUAUUUUUUAGGUCACGUGUUUAAAUUCGAAAGUGAUUCGUCUAGUGAGGAAGAAUUUAGAUCUGAAUCACACUCUAGCUCUUCUCAUUCAUCCGAUUCCGUUGAAGGGAAUGGAAGAGGAAGGAGCGGAGAAUUUAGAUCUGAAUCACACUCUAGCUCUUCUCAUUCAUCCGAUUCCGUUGAAGGGAAUGGAAGAGGAAGGAGCGGACGAUCCAGAAUAAGCUACGUUCCAGUGAGAAUGACCUACUGUGACAACGGAUGGACUCGAGUAAACAGAACUAUCGGCGGAUGGUGUGUCCGAGUUUAUCAGGGAGUGUACAACCAGGAACAAGCCGAGUCAGCUUGUAACCGGCUCGGUGCAGUUCUAUCGAGCAUUGAGACGAGCGCAGAGAGGCUGACGAUUGCGGACUUGGGGACGACGUAUAUGUCGAUCUCGUCUGGGUGGAAGUACGGAACUCUUCGACUGGGUAUUGUAAGAGCGACAACGAGUAGUGUAAGUCAGUACUCUCAAAAAAGUGGGAUGGAUCACACACAUGUAACCCCCGUGUGAUCUUUACACAUGGAAAAUAGUCGGAUCUUUAAACUUCUCUAUAAACUCGAUUGCAAUCUAAUUAGAAGAGUUUGCAAUCUAAUAAGAAAAAGCUCUAUUUCGCAAUCUAAUUAGAUUUAAUUGAAGUUCCAGUAAAAUCGUAUUAGAUUACAAUAUAUUUUUCCUGAAUUGCAAUCUAAUAAGAAUCAAUUGCAAACUAAUUAGAAAACAUUGCAAUCUAAUUAGAAAAAUUGCAGUGAUUGUAAUCUAAUUAGAAGAUUUUGCAAUCUAAUUGAAGCAAAUUCUAUUUCAAACGAGUUCGUAUUAGAUUGCAAAGUUUUCUAAUUAGAUUGCGAUUGAGUUCCCAGAGUUCUAACUUCUCCCAUUUCAGCCAUUCGUCUCCACCGAUCAGCAUACAUCGGGUACUGCAGGAUUAACGUGGAGUCCCGGGGAGCCAAAUGGAGGAAGCACUGGGUAAGACAAUUGUUCGGUUAUUUGUUUUUACCUAUCAUGUAGAUUUCAUUUUCAGUGGUUAUUCCCAUAACUGUGGAAUGAUGUGGUUGUGGGUGAAUGGUGGCGGGACAGUCAGAGGAGCCGCCACUCGAAUUCCGGGAACUCUCUUCACGAUGACCUGCCCAAUCACGUGGAACGAUCGGUUCCGAGGAUUCGUCUGCGGAAAACUCGCGGUCUAA